AUGAGAGCAAGAUUAGACCCCGCAUUUAUAGAGUUCCUAUUAAAGAUUGGAGAUGGGACAAUUGACACAGAAGCUAAUGAUUUAGUGAAAAUUCCACCUUCUAUCUUAGUUCCUUACACUAGUGAAUCUGAUGCACUUCAAAAAUUGAUCCAAAUGGUGUAUCCUGAAGUCACCAAUGGAUCACAAAUCUCAUCUUCUUUCUUAAACAGGGCAAUACUAACAACGAAAAAUCCAUUUGUUGAUGAGAUAAAUAAUGCUCUCAUAGAUAGAUAUCCAGGAGAAGCAGUUGAAUACUUGAGUUAUGAAGAGACAUUAAAUGAAAAUCACCAGGCUAAAUAUAUCGACUUGCUGAAUACAUUGACUCCAAGUGGUUUACCGCCACACAGAUUAGUUUUGAAACCAAAUGCAUCAAUAAUUCUCUUAAGAAAUCUUGAUCCAACUGAGGGAUUAUGCAAUGGCACAAGGCUUACAAUCAAAUUCCUCAGUAAAAACAUCAUUCAUGCUACCAUAUCAUUUGGUGAUUUCUCUGGAAAAGAUGUAUUUAUUCAUAGAAUUCCAAUGCAACCACCAGCCGAUGACCAAUAUCCAGUCUCAUACAAAAGGAUCCAAUUUCCAGUUCGCUUGUGCUUUGCAAUGAUUAUUAACAAAGCACAAGGACAAACCUUAGACUUUGUGGGUGUUCAAGAAGAACUAAAGAGGCUAACAAUCAGUGACCAAGGCACUGCUUCACCAGAAAAUGAUUCAAAGGAAGAUGAAACUCAAGAUAGUCCAACUAGAGAAAACAACAACAGAGACUCUACCACUCCUGAUGAUCUUCCAAGAGCCUGA